AAGAUAAAGGUGGAAGCGGAAGGUGGAGGAGUUGUCUUUGAGGAUGGAAUAUCGAUCUUUGAAGAUGCAGAUGGUCGCGUGGUGGUUGGUGGGAGUGGAAGUGGUGGAGGAGCGGAACGGAAAGAUGACGAGACUGACGAACUCUGGUUAAAACGUCAUUGUGAUGAAAAACUAGGACUUGGACUUUGCGAACCUGCAGGCGUGGUGAUGGAUGUGGAUGAUGUAAAGGGAGCCGAGAGUUUGCGCUGA